CAUUGCCCCUUUUUCGGAAAAAUCAGAGUCGUCACUACACCUUAAGCGACGAAGUCUGAGACGCUGUUAAAAAGGUAUAGAAUUCUUGACGUGUGAUGGAUGCUAAGAUGAAUACAACAUGUAACUUUGUGAAUCUGCAGAUUGCUGCCUUCGUGGAGGGAACAUCGUGCAUUUGAUACCGCCGCAUACAAUGGACCCUUCCUCGAUUACACGUCAGUGCCUCAAGUACUGGGUAAUAAAAUAGGAAUGUGUUCUGUACGUGAACCAGUUCCAUCACCCUGCUGGUAUCGCUGAAGUUUGAUUGCUGAUUCUACUCAAGCCUCGAGUUGCCACAAAAUGACUUCUGAUUCCUUGAGUUCUACUUUGCUGCUCUCUGCACUCCUCUUGACGACAAAACUGUUAACGCAUGCAACCCCGAUGGGUAGCCAUAACGAUACUGGAAGCUUCCUGAACGACGUGAUGCGACAAGUUUCUCAAGUUCAACUUGAAGUGAAUAUUCUCAAGGGAACAAGAGCGUCAAUAAAAACCAAGGACUGUGCUGACGUAUACAAGUCUGGAGGAAGAAUCAGCGGUGUUUACACAAUCGACCCUCAUGAUGGUUUAGGCGCCUUUGACGUGUUUUGCGACCAGACCACAGCUGGUGGAGGAUGGACUGUACUUCAGAAGAGACUUAAUGGCUCCAUGGAUUUCAAUCGCACCUGGGAAGAGUAUAAACAUGGUUUCGGAAAUUUCUUCACUCAAGAAUUUUGGCUCGGACUGGACAAAAUCCACCGUUUGACAAGAAACGGGACGGGAAAUGGACUUCGAAUAGAACUGGGAGUAACUAAUGAAGAGCUUGUUUACGCUGAGUAUGGAUUGUUUGUCGUCGGAAACGAGAAUACUUCUUACCGGCUGAACAAUCUUUCAGGUGCAACGGAGAAUGAUCCUCUUGGUUACCAUAGGAACUUCUCAUUUGGCACUUGGGAUAGAGACCCUGCUAAUGGCAAGUGCGAUGCAUACGGGAGACUUGGGGGAGGCUGGUGGUACGGUGAAAUAUGCGUGGUAAAUUCAAACCUCAACGGUCUUUACCCAAGCCGUGGAACUAAAACUCCUAUGGGCGACAUUACAUGGGCAACAUUAGGAAGCACUGCUAAGGCAAGCACUCCUACAACCACUGAAAUGAAAAUCAGACCGGUGGGCUAUAAUUAGUGUUCUCUUACCAAUGAUUCCCUCAAAUACUACCUGACGUGAACACUCUAUUACAAAAAGUUAAAGAAAAAUUGAUUGAUACGUUGUUUCGUCAGGAGGAUUGUACUAGAAUGAGCUGAGAUCGGAUUUUUUUUCUAAACUAAAACCAAGACGUAGUUUAAGUAACAGCAGGGAAAUAUAUCUACGAAAUACACCCUGAUUAACUGAAUUCGAAUACUAAUUAGUUUAAUGAGCCACACGUAUACACUAAAACAGAAGUAACAAUAUAGUAUUAUGUACU